UCCUCCUCUAUAAAAAAGGGUAAGGCCUUUCGAGUGCAAAUCAACAAUAAAACCCAAUAGAAAUCUAGCUCUUUCUAUUUCAUUGAUUUGAUCUGAUCUACUUUGUUCUUAUUUUUAUAUACCUGGGUUUCUAUUAUAAAGACCCAAAAAGGGUUUACUAUCUUAAGUUCUCUCCUCUGGGGACCCUCAUCAUUUUGGCAAUUUUCUUGCCGUUAUUCCAUUGAUUUCAUAUUUCAGCGUUGAAACGUGUAUUGGAGGCCAGAGUUUUUACGGGAAUUGAGAAUUUGGAGCUUGAUUAAGACAGGCAGGAAUCUUUUAUAGCUUCAUGGGGGAAGAAGCUCCAGAAUAUCUUGUAGAUAGCAGAGAUAGAUAUCAGUCAGCGACCGAUAUCGGUGAUAAGAUUUAUGUAGUUGGAGGAUCUGAGAAAUCUGCUGACUCAUUGGUUGGUGUCAAAAUCUUUGAUAAGUUGACGGGCAAAUGGUCUGUUCCUACUGUAUUGGGUACCAAACCCAUUCUAUCUAAAGGCCACUCAGCUGUUCUUCUUAAAAAAAAUCAGAUCUUGAUCCUUAAGAGGGAGUCCUCUGCGAGCGACGGUGCCUGGUUUCUUGAGGUGGAUACUCCUUAUGUAAAAGAUCAAAAGAAGCUACUUGGCACCGAGGUGGUAGCUUGGAGUAAAGGAGUGAGAGAACAUGGCCUAAAGCCAAUAGUAAUUAGUGGUCCCUCUGGAGUUGGCAAGGGAACUCUUAUAUCCAAACUAAUGAAGGAGUACCCCUCAGCCUUUGGCUUUUCAAUAAGCCACACUACCAGAGCUCCAAGAGAGAAGGAGCUUAAUGGAGUUCACUACUACUUCACUGAACGAAGCCUAAUGGAGAAAGAUAUAAGGGAGGGGAAAUUUCUUGAAUCGGCAUCGGUUCAUGGAAAUCUUUAUGGAACGAGCAUUGAGGCAGUUGAAACUGUAACAGAUGUUGGGAAGAGAUGUAUUCUCGACAUAGAUGUUCAGGGUGCUAGAUCAGUGAGGGCUAGCUCUCUUGAAGCGAUUUUUAUCUUUAUCUCUCCCCCAUCAUUUGAUGAGCUUGAGAAACGCCUUCGUGCUCGGGGAACAGAGACUGAGGAACAAGUUCAGAAGAGGUUGAGAAAUGCAAAAGCUGAAAUUGAGCAAGGGAGAACUCCUGGCCUUUUUGAUCAUAUUUUGGUUAAUGAUGAUCUCGAAACAUGCUAUCAGAAUCUGAAGAAGUUACUUGCUCUAGAUGAGAUCCCUGAUGCUUCUUAUGAACCAGUUAUUGAGAACUUCAUAGUUCCUCUCAAUCACUCGAUAUCCAGGAAAGAUGCGAUGAUUCAAAUCAACUGCAAUGGUAGCCAAUCCAAAAAUUCGACGCCUGAUAUGUUUGAACUUGAUGUAUCCUCACUCAAAGGAGGUGCUCCUGGCCGAACAAGAGGACUGCUUAUAUCUUCGAUCAAACGACUUUAACAUCCGUGUAUCAAGCAAUUGGCCAAGAUUUCUUGAAUGUCACUGACACGUUAUGUUUUAGAUUGACCUUGAGAUGAUCGAGAUCACACUCUAAACACCAAAGAGAUCCUCAAAGUUCAAGUGAGACAUUGUGAUCGAUAAUUCUUUUGUUUGAUGAUGAAAAUCGCAUUGAGGUUCAUGUAAUUCAGAUGGAUCUUUAGUGUUCUAAAUAAAAUUUCUCCAUUUUUUUAACA